GAUCAAAAGUGACGCUUAGCAAUGUUUUCUAAAACUGCAAGCAUCUAUUUCAAAGAAGCAUCAACCGAAAAGCUUAAUAUUCUCAUGGACCAAAAGCGUCACCAGAAAAUGUUAGCAACUAGCAAUUUUGUAGCACCUAGCGAUGCCGAUGGAACGCCAUGACUUCCAAUGCUUGGAAAAACGCCCGACCGGGACUGUGAGAUCGCUUUUCAUCCAUAUACGACUGUAACGUCUUUGGUUGGUUCUACACCAAGCUGUCCCUUCCGCUUUAUGGUAGGGUUGUACACCCACUCGUGGAUUUCCUCUCUGACUCGUCGAUGGCCUCUUCUGCUAUCCGAAGAUUUCGUGAUUUACAUGAUUUUUCCAUGUCAGAUACUGAAAUACAUUCCUCAGUACGCAGUGAUUGUGUUUUCGUUACCUUUGUUACCUUUGGAUACUAAUUAAGAACUUUCAAAUGGCUUAGCUAAAUGUCAAAAUUUCAACAUUUUGGCUUUGAAGAAUAUGCCUUCUUAAGUUUGCUGUCCUUGCUAACAUUGCUAGAUCUUGAGAAAUGGUGAAGAUUGUAGAUGUCAUGGCAUUUGAUUGAUAGUCUGUCCAAAUUUUCGUACACCAGAUUGAAUGUAGACCAGAUGAACAAGUUGUCUGCGAUACCGAAUGGCACAUAAUUGAGAUCGAGUCCCGAAAGAUAAGACGAGUUGAAAUACUCUUAGUCUAUGUUUUAGUUUAAAUCUGUAUCGCCAUGUGGUUAGAUUAACGGAACGUCUUCCAUAUUUCCAGACAUUUCCAUACUGGGUUUAGUCAACCGUGUCAUUUGCAAGCCCAUUGUAAUAGGCAAUAUCAGAAGCACAAUGACAAGAUAUAUAAAUGUACAAAAUAAGUAGACGACCGACAAUGGUAGAAUUAUUUGACCCUCGGCGAAAUAGAAGUAAAGCUUUCCAUUUAGGCAUUAUCUAAGAAUGCGUUAUGAAGUGAGUUUGAUUUGAAGAGUUUAUCACACGUACCGGUGGUGAAACGGCCAGUAACGCCAGCAUUUUUGUGUGCACUGUUUAUUGUGGUAUAUCUCUUUCGGGUUAGUGUUGACAGCUACACGGCCUGGGGAAGCUGAAUUCAACUACUCAGAGUGAUCGAUAUAACAGCAGGAAUCAGACAUGGAGCAAACGGACAGCACAGGAGAGAUUGUUGAGAAACCGAGUUUAACAGAGGAACAAGCAACUCGCCUUGCAGAACGACUUUACGGGUUUAAAGUUGAAACUUUGAGGCCACUGGACAGUUAUGACGACCUGAACUUCCAUGUCAUAGUUGACGGCGACACUUCUUCUCCCCAUGGCUACACACUGAAGGUUACUAACGGUACUGACUCACAACAUGAAGAUGUGUUCGAGGCUCAGAACCAGAUGAUGACGUUCCUAGCAGACAAGGGGUUCCCGGUACCUCAAGCAGUUCCUAACCUUUGGGGUCACGUCAUGACUCUGGAGAAUCUGCGGAGGAGCGACAACGGUGGUUGUUCUGAAAACCUAGUGCGUCUUUUGACAUACCUACCCGGGACUGUGUACCACGAUGUUCCAAUGACGGUUGCGCUGGCUUACGAAGCUGGAGUGUUUCUGGCAAAAGUACAAGAAGCACUGAAGGAUUUCUCUCACCCAUCACUACACCGGCCUAACUAUGCAUGGAGCCUGGCAGGUGUCGCCAGCCUAGAGAAAUACACGCAUUGUCUUCAUGAUGACCGCGCUAAGGAAAUCAUUACCAAGAUUGUGCAGACCUUUGCGAAGAAAGUGUUGCCUCGCAUGGAUGAGCUUCCACAAGGUCAGUUCUUCAUCGUGUUGACGUUAAACCAUUUAGAACGGUUAUCUUAUUUGUUUACAUUAAAAAAAAAACUUAACUUGAUAACAGGUAUCAACCUGACUAGACUGAGCUUGCUGUAAUAUCUAUACCGCAUCUAACUGGCAUAGUUGACGAGGAAUGUCUUUAAUUUUGCAUAAUUGAUGACGAAAUGCUAGAAGUCUUCUUUGUUAAGACACAUCUCUUAUUUGGAUGGAGAGAUAAUCAACUGUUAUAUCUAUGCAAAUGAGGUCUUAUUUGUAUAAUCAACGAGAUACAUUUCCUUUUAUAUCGAUUCUCAUAAAUUUAAGUUGAUACUAUCAAUAACUCCAAUGUUUGCUAGCGAAAACCUCAUCAGCUCUGCUGGUAGAAAAAAGAGUGUGUACUCAUUUUUCAAAUGUUGUUUCAUUUAAUCUCACCUCACCUCGCCUAGCUAGUCCCAUCCUCAUCUAGAGGGUCGGGGACCAUGGUUCCUCCAG